AAAUAGGGUACAAUACAAACACAAAGUCAGAAACACAAAUCUGGGUAUAGUGGAGUAGUAGGGUUUUUGCGUUUGAGAGAGAAGAAGCAUGAGCAGGAGUUUGGGAAUUCCGGUGAAGCUGCUCCACGAGGCUUCGGGGCACGUGGUGACGGUGGAGCUCAAGAGCGGAGAACUCUACAGAGGAAGCAUGAUCGAGUGCGAGGACAACUGGAACUGUCAACUCGAGAGCAUCACCUACACUGCCAAGGAUGGCAAAACAUCGCAACUUGAGCAUGUGUUUAUUCGAGGCAGCAAAGUCAGGUUUAUGGUCAUUCCUGACAUGCUGAAGAAUGCUCCUAUGUUUAAGCGUUUGGAUGCAAGAAUCAAGGGUAAGGGUGCAUCACUUGGUGUUGGUAGGGGCAGAGCAGUUGCAAUGCGAGCAAAGGCUCAAGCUGCUGGGCGUGGAGCUGCGCCUGGAAGGGGUGUACCACCAGUGCGGAGGUGAUCACCAUUUAUAUAGUCUGUAUUCUCCUUGUCUGUUGGACAUGUUUAGAUUCUUUUGUAGAAGUUUAUGUGAGAAAGAAAUUCGAACAGAAAUUGCGUAUCAAGACUUUAUUACAGAUUACUCUUUAUGCAUAGUACUUGAUCCCUCUCCUGGUCA